AUAAGAUGAAGACGCGCAACAGGCAGAGAAAGAAAAACAAAAGAGUAAAGCAAAAGAAAAGAAAGAAAAACGAAAAAUGGUUACAGACAGUUCAUCCGAGAAGACAAGUAGUAGCACCAAAAGCGGAGGUAGAACAACUACGUCGACGACACUCUCAGCAGUUGGCAACCUCAUAAAGCUGCUCCCUACAGGAACAGUGUUCGUGUUCCAAUUCGUGAACCCCGUUUUAACCAACAGCGGGAAAUGCAACGCCACGAACAAGUGGCUGAGCUCCGUUCUUUUGGUGGCAUGUGGCUUAAGUUGCGCCUUUUCUUCCUUCACCGACAGCUACACAGGCACUGACGAGAAGAGGCACUACGGCUUCGUAACCUGUAACGGACUUUGGCCUUCUUCCGUUCCAGCAGCCAACUCCGAUAACUUGUCAAGGUACAGACUAAAGUUUGGAGAUUUUGUGCAUGCUGCGUUGUCGUUGUUGGUGUUUGCGGUGUUGGGGCUCUUGGAUUCAAACACUGUGCACUGCUUCUACCCUGAUUUUGAGUCGACUCAGAAGCAACUGCUUCAGGUGCUGCCCGUGGCUAUUGGGGCGGUUGCGGGUUUCUUGUUCACGAUUUUCCCUAAUGAUCGUCAUGGAGUUGGAUACCCUUUAACUUCUGAUUCUAACGACACCACCUCUAAACCCAAUCCUACUCCUACCGCAUCUCCCCAACAAAAUCCCAACAACAGUGUUUAGCAUUAUUAGGAUUUCUUUUUUUUUUUUUCCAAUGCAUGUAAUGAUGUAACCAGAAAGUGAAGAAUUGUCUUUUGCUUUUCGGCGACUUUAGGAUGGCUUUAUGUAUUUGUCCGGUAGAUCUUCUUAGGUAUAAUCUACAGUCAAGUUAUAACUUAUGUAGUUCACGACGUACGGGAACAACAAAACAAGAAUGAUUUUUAUAUAUAUUAUUCGUGGAAAAGUAUAUAUAAAUAAUUAAAUUGAAUGGUUUAAAUU